UUGACUAAAGAAAAUCAGAUCUUUCCAGCAAUCCCUUCUGUUAAUCCGCCACCGUUCGAUCUCUCUGAUAUCUUUCGCGAAAGCUCCAAUCAGGAACCUAUACUGCUUAUUCUUGCCGGUGGAGCUGAUCCCAGUCAGGAACUGGAAAAGUUAGCUGCGAAUACGAUAGGUUUACAUAACUACACGUCUAUAUCGAUGGGGCAGGGUCAGGAACAGGCUACGAUCGACGGCAUUCGACGGGCUUCCUCUGAAGGUCAAUGGCUUUGCCUGCAGAACGUCCACCUAAUGCUCAGUAUCAUUCCAGUUAUUCAGAAGGAACUAGCUACCGUAACACCACACGAAAAGUUUCGUCUUAUGGAUGACAACCGAGGAGGAGAACAAGUUCCCAGCAAUAAUGUUGCAGCGCAGUCUGAAAGUCACCUUUGA